AUGCCGCGCCGUGCUCCUUUGGCCGUCUCCAAGCUCGGCAUCCGGCUACCGCAGCACCCGAGCGCGUCCGCCUCCCCAAAGCUCGAGCACGUCCCCGAGGCCACCUCCUCCUUCCGCCAACGACCAUCAUCGGAACGGGAGGCUAGAAUAAAGAGAGAGCUCGAGGAGCCUAGAUUGUCACCAUCUCCAUACGACAUUGCAUGGGUGGCUAUGGUGCCCUUACGAGGUUUUCCUCAGGCUCCAUGCUUCCCUCAAUGUGUGGAAUGGAUACUGCAAAACCAAGAGGAUAAUGGAUCAUGGGGUAUCAGCGAACUGGAUUUGUCAACCAGCAAGUGUACUCUCUUAUCCACUCUGGCAUGUGUUAUUGCACUUAAGAAAUGGAAUGUUGGCCCACAGCAUAUCGAGAGAGGACUACACUUUAUUGGAACAAAUUUCUCCAUUGUUAUGGAUGAGCAUAUUACUGCUCCUAUAGGCUUCAAUAUUACCUUUACUGGAAUGAUAAGCCUAGCCAUCGGAAUGGGUUUGGAAUUUCCUGGUAGACAAACUGAUGUUGACGCGGUUCUUCAUAUACGGGAGUUGGAAUUAAACAGAUAUGAUGUGGAUAAAUCUUGUGGGAGAGAAUCAUAUAUGGCAUAUGUUGCGGAAGGGUUGGGGAACCUACUGGACUGGAAUGAAGUUACGAAGUUCCAAAGGAAGAAUGGGUCAUUGUUCAAUUCUCCUUCCACUACUGCUGCAGCAUUAAUCUAUUCUUAUGAUGACAAAGCCCAACAAUACCUAAACUUACUUGUUAGUAAAUUUGGCAGUGCAGUACCAACUGUGUUCCCAAUAAAUAUAUAUUGUCAGCUGUCGAUGGUAGAUUCACUUGAGAAGAUUGGAAUAUCUCGUCAUUUUUCUAGUGAGAUAAUGAGUAUCCUAGACAGGAUAUACAGUUUGUGGUUACAUAGAGAUGAUGAAAUCAUGCUGGAUAUAAAAACAUGUGCAAUGGCAUUUCGUAUUUUACGAAUGAAUGGAUAUGAUGUUUCCGCAGAUGAGCUGUCCCAUAUGUCUGAAGCCUCCACUUUCCAUAAUUCACUUCAAGGGUAUUCAGAUGAUACCGAAUCUUUAUUGGAACUAUACAAGGCUUCAAGAGUUAGUGUAUCAAAAGAUGAAAUUAUCCUAGAAAACAUAGAAUAUUGGGCAGGCAACCUAUUAGCAGAAAAGUUAUGUCCUGAUGUGUUGCAUAGGGUGCCAUUGCUUGUGGACUAUGCUAUUCAGCUCCCUUUUUAUGCGACAAUGGAGCGUCUACACCACAGGAGAAACAUUGAACAUUUUGAUGUUACAGAUUAUCAAUUGUUGAAGACAUCAUACUCGCCUUGUAGUGUCAAAAAAGAUCAUCUUGCUUUGGCUACUGAAGAUUUCACAUUUUCUCAAGGUAUUUACCUGAAUGAACUCCUGGAUAUUGAAAGUUGGGUGAAAGAGAAUAGGCUGGACCAGCUAAAAUUUGCAAGACAAAUACAGACAUAUGGCUCUCUCACUGCUUCUGCUUGUAUUUUCGCUCCUGAAUUAUCUGAUGCUCGGAUUUUAUGGGCCAAAAAUUGCGUGCUCGUAACUAUUUCUGAUGACUUCUUUGAUGUGGGGGGAUCAAAAGAAGAGUUAGAAAACCUUGUAGCAUUAGUUGAGAUGUGGGAUGAGCACCACGAGCUUCAAUUUUACUCAGAGAGAAUAAAAAUAUUAUUUUGUGCUAUCUAUGCUACAGUCAAUCAGAUUGGAGAAAUGGCUUCUAUAGUACAAAACCGUGAUGUUAGGGAACACCUAAUAGAGCAGUGGAUACAUACAUUGCGGUGUAUGAUGACUGAAGCUGAAUGGGGGAGGACGAAAUAUGUGCCGACAACAGAUGAGUACAUAGCAAAUGCACAUGUCUCCUAUGGACUAGCGCCAAUUGUGCCCCCGUCAUUGUACUUUGUUGGGGAAGAGCUUUUGGAGUCGGCUGAAAAAGAUCAAGAGUAUAAUGAGCUAUUCAGGCUACUGAGCACGUGUGGUCGUCUACUAAAUGAUCUCCAAGGCCUUGAGAGGGAGAGCAUCCAGGGAAAACUGAAUAGUGUUUCACUACUUGUUCUCCACAGUGGUGGUUCUAUGUCUGUAGAAGCAGCUAAAAAGGAAGUAGAGGACUAUAUUGCCUCGUGUCGGACAGAGUUGAUAAGGUUGGUUCUUAGGGAAGGUACUGCUGUUCCUAGGCCGUGCAAGGAGUUGUACUUGAGGAUGUACCAGGUUAAUCAUUUGUUCUACUCUAACACCGACGGGUUUAGCUCGCCAACAGAAAUGCUCGGCGAGGUGAACGCAGUUAUCUAUGAGCCUCUCAAACUCCAGACCAACAACCCUCUUUAG